CCAAUUUUGACAGCUCUUCCGAAUUUGACAAUUCGAGGUCAAAGAAUUUUUGGUUCUGCUAGUUGCAAAGUACUUAUUUCUAAAUUUUCCCUAAGAAAAAAGCAGAUUUAAGAUGCUAUCAAACCAAAUUUUAAAGAACCUAAAAUGCUCGUUGAAGAACGGCAUCCAUUCCAGAAAUAUCGGAAUCCUGGCUCCAUGUCUCCAGAAAGCCAAGGACCCAAUUCAACAGCUCUUCGUUGAUAAAAUCCGGGAAUACAAGCAAAAAAGCGCCAAUGGAAAGAACUUGGUAGACCCUACACCCGAAUUGCAGAAAGAAUUGAAACAGGAACUGGAAAAGAUCACCAAACAGUUUGGUGGUGGUGCCGGUACCGAUAUGACUAAAUUCCCCACUUUCCAAUUCAAAGACCCCGUCAUUGACCCCAUCACCGUGGACACCAAGUAAUUUAUAUUAAAUUGUUUCUAUUCUUUAUAUGUAUGUAUAGCCAUUAGAUAAAUAAUAAACUUAUUAAGGUAUA